AUGUCGACCUCUAUUGAAGAAAACUCUCCCGUCAUUGUAACACUGAAGGACUCCGACUACGGACGAAUCCUCAGAACGAUUGAGAAUAGCGCGUUCAAUGAAACGGCUAUCUUAACACCUGCAUAUUCCCAAGCGAUCGACGACAUCCUUGGUGAACUAGAUGCUAGACUUGCAGCAGGCACUUCCCUCACCGUCUGCAUUAUAAGAACCACGAAGCUACUGGAAGAUGUAGCCAAUCGUGUUGACCUUGAUGAACAGACAAAGAAACUCGCCGUCAUUCAUCUACAGAAACGGAUCCGCGGCCUCGCACUCCAUCUACUCCCGCUUGACUUCCCCGACAUCGCGAACCAAGCUGUUAAAACUGUAGAAACCAGAAAGGCCAAGGAAGAAGAAAUCCGUCUGGUACGCCCGCCUAGAAAACGAAAGGCUACCACAGAUUGUACCCGCAUGACGCUAUGCAAGCGCUGCGGAGGAUACGGACAUCAUUGGAAGAAGUGUCCUGAUUAUGUUUGUUGCAUCUGCGAUGAACUUGGACCCAGCCAUUUGUCCAUACACUGCCCUGGACUCAACGGACGCAUUGUCCUGCAAGAAUUUACAGAUGAAGAGAAGUUUUUUGAAGCUCUCUUAGAUUGGGAGCACAACCACAAGGCGCUCGCGGACCUAGAACUUCGGCAUCCCACUGAACUGUCCCUUAACCUUGAAACUCCCUUAGCACCAUCCGCCUCCACGUCCACGAAACCGGCGUUGCCGUCCUUGACGAUGGAAGACGUUGAAGAUAAUCAAAGUCGGUGA